CUCAAUAGAUGGAAACCCGUGCAUUGCUUCUGGAGUCCCCAGCCUCAUGAAUCCAGUAACUAAGCCUGCUACCACCACUUCUUUCAACACUUCUGUGGCUGAGAUUCCAAGGAAGCGCAAAGGAAGUGAUUCUGAUAACCAGGAUACAGUUGAAGUUGAUGGUGAUCCUCAGAAAAGGAGUGAAGAUGAAGAACAUGUUAAAAUAAAAGAUUUCAGAGAGGCUCACAGUCAAACAGAGAAACGAAGAAGAGACAAAAUGAAUAAUUUGAUAGAGGAAUUGUCUGCUAUGAUACCUCAGUGCAAUCCCAUGGCACGAAAGCUAGACAAGCUUACAGUGUUACGGAUGGCUGUGCAACACUUAAAAUCUUUAAAAGGUUCCACUAGCUCCUAUACAGAAGUCCGGUAUAAACCUUCAUUUUUAAAGGAUGAUGAGCUCCGACAGUUAAUCCUUAGGGCUGCAGAUGGAUUCCUAUUUGUGGUUGGAUGCAACAGAGGAAAAAUUCUGUUUGUCUCAGAAUCAGUUUGCAAAAUACUUAAUUAUGAUCAGGCCAGUUUAAUUGGACAAAGUUUGUUUGAUUACUUGCAUCCAAAAGAUGUUGCAAAAGUUAAGGAGCAACUUUCUUCUUCGGAUAUCUCCCCUAGGGAGAAGCUCGUAGAUGGGAAAACUGGCUUGCAAGUACACACAGAUUUUCAAGGUGGACCAGCUCGACUGAAUUCUGGUGCUCGACGUUCCUUCUUCUGUCGGAUAAAAUGUAGUAGGACCACAGUCAAAGAAGAAAAGGAGUGCUUGCCCAACCCAAAGAAGAAAGAUCACAGAAAAUACUGUACCAUUCACUGUACUGGGUAUAUGAAGAAUUGGCCUCCUAAUGAGGUGGGAGUAGAAGAGGAAAAUGAUGUAGAAAAGGACAGUAGUAACUUUAACUGCCUUGUUGCAAUUGGGAGGUUACACCCUUAUAUUGUUCCACAAAAGAGUGGAGAGAUAAAAGUCAAAGCAACAGAAUUUGUUACACGAUUUGCCAUGGAUGGAAAAUUUGUUUAUGUAGAUCAGCGUGCAACAGCAAUUUUAGGGUAUCUGCCACAAGAGCUUCUAGGAACUUCCUGUUACGAGUACUGCCAUCAAGAUGAUCACAAUCAUCUAGCUGAAAAACAUAAAGAAGUGUUGCAGAAUAAAGAAAAAGUAUUUACAAAUUCCUACAAAUUUAGAGCAAAAGAUGGGACUUUUGUUACUUUAAAGAGUCAGUGGUUUAGUUUCAUGAAUCCGUGGACCAAAGAACUGGAGUACAUUGUAUCAAACAACACUGUGGUAUUAGGUCAUAACGAGUCAGCUGAAGAACAGGUCCCCCAUGGUUCCCAGCCUGCAGAAGGCAAGUAUGCUGUAAAACAGUCUUUAGUAAGUGUACCUGGAAUGUCCUCUGGAACAGUUCUUGGUGCUGGAAGUAUAGGAACCGAAAUUGCAAAUGAAAUACUAGAAUUGCAAAGGUUGCAUUCUUCACCAUCUGGGGAGUUAAGUCCAUCACAUCUCUUGAGAAAGUCACCUUCUCCAGCUUUAACUGUAAACUGCAGCAAUGUGCCAAAUAAAGAGUUGAUUCAGUUAUGUCCUUCCGAAACAGAAGUUCUAGAGACUUCAGAACCAAACCAGGGUGCUAUUCCAUUUCCCAAUAAUGAACCUCUCCUCAGUGGUAAUUCUCAGCUGGACUUUGAUGCAAUAUGUGAAAAUGAUGACACUGCUAUGACGGCUCUUAUGAAUUACUUGGAGGCUGAUGGAGGACUUGGGGAUCCAGCUGAACUCAGUGAUAUACAAUGGGCUCUCUAGUUUUGCUUUUGCAAAAUAAGAAGAAAUGUAAAAUCCGUAAUGCACAACAACCGUACAUCCUCAGUACUGUACUAUAAUUUUUUAAUGUUUCAUUUGAAUUCAUACUUACUGUCUAUAUAUUUUUAAAGACUGAAGUCUUGUUCAGAGAGAGACAGUUUCUGCUGCACCUAUGGAAAAAUGCAAUAUUUUUUUCAUGAUGAGGAAUCCUUGAAAUUUUAAUAUUGAACCAUCUGUAACUGGAAUGCUUAAAACACAUUACUGAAUUUUUGCUAAGAAGCUUUAACCAAAAGGUACUGUACAAUGUACAGGAAUAUUUUUUCUUAGUUUUAAUACUUAAACUUUUAUUUAUUGUUUUUGUUUCAAAUGGUAGAAUAUUCAUUACCCAUGUUAUUUUCUGUAGAACCUACUGUACUUAGUUUAAGAAUAUUUGUAACGAUUAAAUUUCAUUGCAAUGUUGAUUUGCACACACUACAGUUGUACAAUAAGGUAUUGUAAUUCUCAGAUGAUGCAAUUUGUGAUUCCUUGCCCUUUUCGGAAGUGCAGUUUUUGUAGUCAAAAGUGAAAAUAAAGUGUACAGUUCUGGGAGCAAGGACUUGAAUUAGGUCACCAUAAUGACAAGAAGAGAAUGUUUUGAGAAAAAUAGUCACUUCCCCAGUACGCAAACAUGAUAAGGGUAUAAGAAAAGAGCAGCAAAAUCUUAAUUACUAUUUCAUAUUAUUUGUAAUGUAUUAUUAGAGGGGCAGUGCAUGGAACAUAGGAAAAGUAAUGCUAUAACUGUAAUAAAGCACUUGAGUCUCAUCACUAGAGAAGUUUGGAUAGAUUGUCUUGGCUUGAGAGUGAGGCUAGCAGUGUCUAUUGGUGAAAAAAAUCUUAAAAUUCUAUAGUAUCUUUUAUAGCCUGUAUGUUUUUGGAGAGAUCAGGGUGAUCUUCUAUUGCUUAAGUCUGUGACUUUUUAAAAUAUUUGUGUAAUAUAGUGCUGUCUGUAAGUAAAUGCUAUAUAGGAUGAUCUUCUUUGGGGGGCCAGCUUUUGCAAGAAUUCUAUCGCAGUUACAGCAGAUUACUCAAGAACAUGGCACUUAAUAGGUUGUAUUAGAACAAUACAGCAUUAAUAUAUAAAGUGGGUCUUUUUAUCUCUGGUAUUAAAGGUUUAGACAAAUUUUUGCAUCGAUUAUAUAUCAUAAAAGCAUAAUUUUUCUGUUUUUUUUUAAUUCGGGUAAUGAAAGGGAAGCAUUUGAAGACAUUUGAUACGUGCGUAUAUUUUUAAUACGGACAUUUAAACACAGGCACCGCCAUAAGCACUGUUGCAUUCGUUUUAACACUAAAGAUGAGCGACAGGCAGCCUGUCUUAGAUCCUUUUACGAAGGCUGAAGUGUGUGAACAAAUAGAUGUAGUCGCCACUAGAUGUCACACUUCUACUGUUGGAUAACUACCCUUUCCUGAAGGAAUACAUAAAUUUGUCAUGCACUGACUUCCUAUGCUUUGACAGAGCAGCUUUAUAUCUUAUAGAUAUGAAUCGUUUUGCAAAUGAUGAAUUUUCUGGUGGCAUCUUGUCCAGGUUUUCUAGAACGGCUUGUUGUUCUGAUUUUUUUUUUUUAAGUCUAUAGAUUUUUUUUUUGUUUCUAACUUGCAUGUGAUUUCCUGCAUUCAAAUGUUUUUUUUACAGACAUGGGGCCAAAAUUAUCUGUUAUUUAGCUUUAUUAGAAUAAGCUUUUCUGUUUCUUCACAGAAAACGAAUUUUGGGCUAUAUCAUGGAGCAAAGUGGGAAAAAAAAAGAGGUACUUUCUAAGAAUUGGUAGAAUGCUAUUUGUAUAA